AUGCCUCUUGCUCCAUUAAUCGAGCCAUUCCCGGACGACAAAAAGAAGGGGUUGGUUUCAAUUGGAGAGUAUGUGGACGACAAACAGCCCUGCGACGACAACGAGACAGAGGUUGACAUAGCAUCUCUAAAAGUCAGUGAUGGGAAAGUAUCUCCAGCUGACUUUGAGCUUCUCUCGAUUAUUGGCCAAGGGUCCUUUGGAAAGGUUUUUCUUGUUAAGAAGAUCAAUGGCAAGGAUAGUCAGACGGUGUACGCAAUGAAAGUGUUAAAGAAGGCUGUGCUUAAAGUUAAGGAUCGGAUGCGUUCGAAAACUGAGCGCGAUAUACUGGCUAGGAUGAAACACCCAUUUAUUGUCAGCCUAAAUUAUGCUUUCCAAACCGAAGGAAAAAUUUACCUCAUUUUGGAAUUUGUUAAGGGCGGGGAUUUGUUUUCACGGCUCGCCAAGGAGCUCAUGUUCACGGAAGAGGACGUCAUGUUUUAUUUGGCUGAAAUCGCCGUUGCCAUUGAUCAUCUUCACAAUCUUGGUAUUGUUUACCGCGACCUCAAACCAGAAAAUAUUCUUCUGACGGAGGAGGGGCAUAUUAAGUUGACAGACUUCGGCUUAUCCAAGGAGGCACUCUACGACGGCUCAGAUGGCUCCAAGUCCUACUCCUUUUGCGGAACUGUGGAGUACAUGGCGCCUGAAAUCAUCACCCGUCGCGGACACGGUCCGGCUGCUGAUUGGUGGAGCUUUGGUGUUCUCAUGUAUGAAAUGCUUACUGGUACACUGCCAUUUCAUGCUGACUCGAAAAAGGAGACGAUGUCACAGAUUAUGAAAGCAAAGCUUGAAAUGCCCCAAAUGCUGAGCCCUGGAGCACAGAGUCUCUUGCGACACCUUUUCAAAAGAACACCAUCCAAUCGUCUGGGAUACGGACCAGACGGAUUCCAAAAGUUGCAAGCCCAUGAAUUUUUCCUACCGAUAAACUGGCCAGAUCUUGUUGACCUUAAGAUCACUCCACCGUUCAAGCCCACCUGCAUGCUGGACAACCUGGCAUUCAAUUUCGACAAGGAAUACACCAACAGGACACCAAAAGGUCUCUUGCAUAGUGCUUAUGAAAGAAAUAUUUCGGAUUCACCAGCAUCGCCGCCUAGUGCUUCAGCUCAUGAACUCUUUCGUGGCUUCAGCUACGUGGCUCCAUUCCUCAUGGACAGGCAGCCAGAUGGAAUUCAAUUCCGUCACACUGAUGUGUGCCCUAAGGCCCGGUUCAGCUCCAAUUUGAAGCGCAUUAGCGGUGUUAAGUUCAAGGAAUUUCUUGGCGACUACCAAAUUCUGGAGGAGAUUGGGAAGGGAUCUUAUUCCACAGCUUACAAAUGCAAACAAAUCUCGACUGGUAAUACAUUUGCUGUUAAGAUUAUCGACGAAAUGAUGCAUGAUCCAACGGAGGAGGUUCAAAUCCUUCUGCGGUUCAAAGGUGUGCCUAAUAUCGUUACCCUUCGAGAUGUCUAUGAGUGUAGUGGCAAAGUCUAUCUUGUGACGGACUACCUCUCCGGUGGGGAAUUAUUUGACAAGAUUAUGCGUCAGAAGUUCUUCUCCGAGAAGGAGGCCAGUUCCGUUGUGGAAGUUCUUGCUCGAACUCUUGACAUUCUUCAUAAACAGAUGGUAGUUCACCGUGACUUAAAACCGUCAAACAUCCUCUAUUCAGAUUCAAUGUGUUCUCCGGAAAGCAUCUGCAUCUGUGAUUUUGGUUUUGCUAAGCAAUUGAGAGCAGAAAACGGUUUACUAAUGACGCCCUGCUAUACCGCUCAAUUCGCAGCUCCCGAGGUUCUGAAAAUGCAGGGCUAUCAUAUGGCCUGUGAUAUUUGGAGUUUGGGGAUUAUUUUGUAUACAAUGCUCACAGGUCGAAUUCCCUUUGCAACUGGUCCAAAUGAUCCUCCUGAAGUGAUUCUUCGACGGAUUGAAUUGGGUCCACCGCAGCUUACAGAUUCAUGUUGGAGCUCAAUAUCGGAUGCUGCAAAGCAUUUGGUUCUCAGUAUGCUCAACGUUGAUCCAAAGAAGCGACCUACGGCCUCUGAAAUUCUGAGAGAUCCUUGGAUCAAAAAUCGAACCCUCCUUCCAGCUCAUCCAUCCUACUCCCUUCAACUGCCGGAUGCUCAGACUGUCAAGGCUACUGUGGUGGGAUUUUUUAAAGCCCUGAAAACAAGCCCUCGGACUGAGUUGGAGCCUGUGGGAGCAUCUUUCUUGGCCCAGCGACGAGGACGGCAGAAACCCACCACUGCAUCCGCUGCCGGCAACUAG